UUAAAAAAUUAGUUAGUGGCGUGAUUGUAAAAUGUGGGUCCUUUUAAUGCGCAUUAUGAUAAAUGCGGUUCUGAUUUUGUAGGAUCAAACAACGAAUCGUCUUUUCAAUUUCCAUUAAAGUCACUUUCAUGGAGUUCCAAUUUAUUGUCUUAUACGGCUACGGUAUCAUCCCUAUUCUACUAACUGAAAUCAAUUAAACGCUCUAGUGGUAGCUUCGCUUCGAUAAUUUCUGUCUCCUGUCCAUGUUCAUUCAAGCAAAACGUUCUCUCAAUCGAAAAAGAGUUUCGAGUGCUGCAGUUGUUGAUGGUGGUGGUGAUGGUGGUGGUGGUGGUUUUGUGCUUUACUUUUGCGUUUCCUUCUGCAAUCGAUUCAAAUGGUGCACGUGCUUUGUUUUUAGAUAAUACCUUUUAUGUAUCGGAAUUCGUGAAGAAGCACUCUCGAUUAAAUCUCCGACUUUUAUCCGCAAAACUUUUUCUGUUAUUUUAUUCUUCCACUCUUUCUUUUUCUAUUUUUUGUUUUGUAUUUUCUUCGAUAAGUUACAACAAGUUUAAAUACUUUCCUAAAUCGUUGAACUUAAAUAUUUUAUUUAAUCGAAACGAACGCUUGCUUUUAAGUAAUUGCGUUUAAUGUUAAUCAAACGCGAUUUGGCCAAUUUUAACAAUUGCUUUUAUUCAUCGCGUGUCUCUUUGCUACUAAAAAUGCUGAGCCAAGUUUUACGUAAUGGAAGGAAGAAGUUCCUUCAAGAGUUUUCUUAUCACUCGAAACAGAACGUUUGUUCGCGCAGGUACAAUAGAACAUAGUGCACAACGCGAUUUAAUAUAUUUUUUCUUUUCUUUUCAAAUCUUCAUUUUUCAAUUUUUUUUAUCGUAAACGUAAAUUUGCUCGUCGCGAUUAUUUGCCUUUUUUUUUACAACGAUUUUCACGUAGUUUACGUUUAGAUUUUUCGUAUUAAUAGUUCGCGAUAAGAGUUGAUCAUACGAGAAGAAGAAUGGAUGAACAAAUCACCGAGAAUAGUACGUCGACGUUGCAAUGGCCAGACUAUUUAGUCCUUGGUACAGUCCUGUCGAUCUCUGCCAGUAUCGGGAUUUACUAUCGAUUUACUGGAGGUCGACAACGAACAGCUGAGGAAUAUUUCUCAGCCGAUCGAUCUAUGAAAAUCGUUCCAUUGGCAAUAGCACUGAUGGUUUCCUUUAUGUCCGCGAUUACGCUACUUGGAAUCAGCGCGGAAGCCUAUACCCAUGGCAUGAUGUUCAUCGUGGUUUACAUUGGCUUCGGUGUUGGAACACCUAUCACCAUGUACCUCUACCUACCAGUCUUCUUCGAACUGAAAAUCAUGAGCGUCUUCGAGUAUUUAGAAAGAAGAUUCGGUGUAAAGGCCAGAUUGUUGGCAAGUAUAGCAAACUUCUGCCAUUUGACAUUAUACACGGGAAUCGUUCUCUACGCUCCCUCAUUAGCCCUAGAGGCAACCACCGGUUUGUCUUCAACCAUGAGUAUCAUCUUGAUCGGCGUGAUCUGUACGUUCUAUUCAACGAUCGGUGGGAUCAAGGCUGUCUUGAUAACCGAUGUUUUCCAAGGCGUACUCAUGUUCCUCUCGAUCUUUUGCAUUAUUACGAUCGGUGCCGGUGACCUUCCUAACGGGCUUUACGAUGUUUGGAACAGAGCUAUGAGGGGUGGUCGCAUUGAUUUUACCUUUUACAGUCUGGACCUUACUACACGUCACACAUGGUGGGGUCUACUAACUGGCGGAUGUUGCAUGUUCCUGUCACUUUUUGCCGUCAAUCAGGUGCAGGUGCAACGUCUGUUGACCGUCAAAAGUUUGAGAGAUUCCCGAUUAGCCCUGAUACUGAACUGGCCAAUCAUGUUGGCCUUGGCAACCAUCACAAUCUUCUCAGGUCUCGUCAUAUACGCCAUUUACGAAGAUUGCGAUCCAGUUAAAUCUGGGAGGAUAUCCUCGUCUGACAAACUCAUGCCACUUUUCGCAGCUGAAAGAUUAUCUCGAGUACCUGGAUUCACAGGAUUAUUCGUAGCCGGUGUAUUCAGUGCAAGUCUCAGCACGAUUUCAGCAAUGUUGAACUCACUUUCCGCGGUUGCCUUGGAAGAUUACAUCAAACCGAUUUACUCGAAAAUUGGUGUUACAUUCCCCGAAGAAAAAGCUACACUUUUGGGCAAACUACUUGCCGUGACUAACGGAUUGUCAUGCAUUUUUCUAGCUUUGAUUGCUGGAAAACUUGGCACAUUGAUCGAAGCAGCAAUCGGAUUGAUCGGUGUUAUCGGUGGACCAUUAUUGGGUAUUUUUACCCUUGGUAUGUUUUUGGAAGAUGCCAACGAAAUUGGUGCAAUAGUUGGAAUGACUUUUGCACUUAUUUUGGGAUUUUCUAUGGCUUGUGGUCCGAAAGUAUCAGGAAUUACAUUACCUAUGUCUAUUGAUGGUUGUGACAAUUCAACUUUAAUGAUGUUUAAUAAAACUAUUGGACUGAAUUCUACGCUCAGUAACGAUUCGAACGUCCCGUAUUUAAAUCGAAUCUCGUACAUUUGGUAUCCCGUAAUUGGAUUCGUUAUGACGGUCAUUAUUGGAUAUUUGUCUAGUUUAAUAAUAAACAAAUUUAUCAAAGAUAGACGGGAACCUGAUCCUAAUCUUUUCACUCCGUUCGUGGCUGCUAGGAUUAAAAGAAGACGUCAAGAUGAACAAAGAGUGACAUCAAGUCAGAUGUUCGUGUUAGAACCGAAUUAUAGAAAAUGAACAAUAUAUCGUAUUAACAAUAAAACGUUUAUAUUCAUUGUGUUCACAAAUUGUAAAUAAUAUCGAUGUGAAUUGUAAAAAUAAUUACCAAACGAUAUUGGUUAUCGUAUGAAUUUUUACAAAUAAUUGCCAACGAACGAAAGAAGAAAAUAUCGAAUUGUUUAAAAAAAAAAACAAAAAAAAAACAAAAAAGAAAAGUAGGUUUUAUGGUAACAAUGAAAUCAGGCUAAUUUGACGGGUGUUAAAUUAGCCGAUACGUUGAUCUCUCCGUUUUACAUGAUUACGUUGACGCAUAUCCUUUUCCGCCAAUCAUGGCUCGUUAAAGCGCAAACUAAAGCAAGAAGUCAAGUGUGUAAAAAGAAAAUCUACUACAGUUGAAGUAAUAAAGAGUACAAUUAUA